UGACAACACUCGAAGACACUUGCUUUCGGUUCAAAAGAUCUGAAGUCUUCUAUUGAUCCAGUCUCAGCCCGUAGAAAUACAUCUUCCAAAGCAUGAUUACACGCACUCAACUUUGUACAGUUCCUCCCGAUCUUGGAGCGAGCACUGGCGCCUUUGCAUUCGGCAAUUGUUUGGCCCAAAUUCCCAUGCCUCUCUCCCAUUCCUUUAUCCCGGAUCUUGUUGCUGUGUAAAGACCUCUUUGUAUGACAUAACGCCCCUUUCCGAAGAGUCCGUAUGGAAUGUUUAAUGCCACAGAGGUUUAAAAUAUCCCGAUAGGCUCUCUCACGAACAGCCUGGCAGGAUGUAUCUAUCUUUGAAUAACUCAACGCUACAGACGAUAAGAACCCAGGGAAUAUCCACAACCUCUGCAGACACCAGAGAUGAAGCUCAUCUUCAAACCGCAGCAUGUGCGUAACACCGUGAUUACAAAUGAGCAGGGACAUGUUCUGUACUCGACCUCGACCUCCUUCUCGUUCGAUACUCGCGUGACGGUCGUCAAGAAGCACGUCCCAAGCGAAUUCAAUAUUGGCAAAGUAGAAUCGUCAGAGAUCCUCGCAAAGAUCGAGUGGCAUACAUUUUCUUCGACUGUCAUCAAAUACAAUGGGAUGGAUUUGGUGACGUCUCAGUUCAUUCCAACUAAGGGGAUUACUGGACGGCGGCGUGUUUUCCAAGGUCCCGACGGACUGUCAUACAAGUGGAAGAUUGGCCCGGGCGAAUGCGUCCUCAUGCUCGGCGGCACGGAAGUGGCUCGGCAUCACCCGCUGAAGUUUAGUUUCAAGAAGACAGGACAUGAAGCGUACCUAGAGGUCUUUCCGCCAGUCGAGCAUAUGGUGGACCUGGUAGUGCUGACGUUCAUAUAUGUCGAAAAGCUGCGGCGGGGAUCUCAGGAGAGCCCUGGAACGGAUCGCGUCCAUGCACCGAUUGAACCGGCUAAUUAGCUUCAGCAUUAAAGGCUCAUGUGAUGAAGACGAUUGUAUGUCCCUCUUGAUGAUCACGUUUCUGUCUUC